AGGCAGCGCCGGGCCGCUGGUGUUCGAUGUUUCAGCACGGAGCCAAGCUGACUCUGCGUCCCAGAACCAGAUACCGAGUUUUGGACUCAACAGAAUAAAGUGAGCACUGGACAGAGAGGGUGCCGAAGAGACCGGCGUCGCCAGGAGCACCAUGAUCAACACGGGGGAGUGCGCGGUGGACGCGCAAAGUCUGAUCUCCAUGUCUCUGCGCAAGAUCCACAACUCGCGGACGCAGCGCGGAGGCAUCAAGCUGCACAAGAACCUGCUGGUGUCGUACGUGCUGCGCAACGCGCGCCAGGUCUACAUGAACGAGAAGUAUGCUGAGAUCUACCGGAUGCAACAGUACGAGGAGGUGAUGACCGUAUGCAACGAGAUCCAGGAGCUGAACCCGCUCGACGCGGUCGAGGAUGCCGACGACGAGCCGAGCUGCUGUGCCGAGGCGCCCAGCCUGUGCGCCGCGCUCACGCCGCUCAACCCUCGCGUCUCUCCGGCAAGCGUGUGCUCCACACAUUUAACUCUCCAUCCCGACCUGGAGGAGGAAGAGGACGCCUCGUGUAAGCAGUCGGACUCGUUGUUUUAUCGCAGCUGCUGCGUCGAGGCGUGCGCCCUGGCUCCGAGCUGCGACUUCUCGACAGCGGGCGGCGUGCACUGCAGCAAGACCACGGUCCUGGACCUGGACACGCACGUCGUGACCACAGUAGAGAACGGGUGCUUGCACCAGGACUGCUGCCCGAGUCCAUACAGCCCGGGUAAAAAGCGCAAACUGGACUAUAGCUAUGGCUACGCGCCCGAGCUUGAGGAGUACGCGCCUGAGUUCUCACCGUGCCAGAAGCGCCAGAAGUUUGACGAGUGCUUGUACGCAUCCAGCCAGGAGUCCUUCGAGCCGUGCAACAUAUCCAAUCUGAUUUCUAUAUUCGGAUCGGGGUUUUCCGGACUUGUGAGCCGGCAGUCGGACUUGGAACAGGCGUUAAACGGACAGUUUUGUAGCAAGCAAGCACUCGCGAGCUUAGGCGCAUGGACUAGAGCCAUUGUGGCGUUUUGAUCCUGUGGUAAAUCGGACUCCAGUUAUUUUAACAAAUGAAUUGUACACAGAAUUGACUUUAUUUUUGCAGCAGAACGUUAUUUAAGAACUUGUUUGUUUGCGUUUUUGGAAAGUGGUCAGUGGCCAGAUUGCCAGUGCGUUUUUGCGUGCGUAUGCGCCCUUCUAUACCAACGUUUGUUCCGAAUUGGGUUGCCUUAACAAGAAAUUGCUAGCUAUCCCACAAAAAUGAAUGUUUCAAUUGUGGAUUGUUUCUAUGCUUUGAUUCACUUUCACAAAAUGUAAUAUAGCAAACACAAACAGAUCAGCCUAACACUGCAACAUGCAUGGCUACUUUAGUUUCAUCCUACAUUGGGACUUGCUGUAAGGGUGCGGGACUGGCAUAUAUAUCUGACUACUUUUCAAUUUAACAGCAGUGUUUUACAGUCCUGGUCCUUUAGUACUUAUACCCUGCACAAUUUAAGGGUUUUCUGGCUCCAUGAGCAGGACUGAGAAACGCAGAUCACAUAUCUAUGGCAAUCAUACAGACUUAAAAAGGUGCAAUACUUUCCUGGCAGAACCUGGUGUGUUUUUGUUUACCCAAGGACCAGCGUGUAGUCCAAGUGUAGUCAUUUGUAGUUCAUCUAUGCCAGUCACCUCAUCCCAGUCUGCAUUUAGGGGCCAUAAAUUAGCACCACAACUCCCAGAAUGCACAUGGUCACUGUACCAGCCUGGCAUCUUUUGUUGACCAGUCACUUUGUUGAAGUUGUCAAAGCCUUUACAGUAAUUCAUGAUGCCAUGCAGCAUUUGCUUGGUUUUGUGGGUUUAAGUUUUCUUUUUCUUUUCUACAGUGUUAGACCUUUUGUUCUAAAAAGGCAAAUCUCAUGAGUUAGCCAUAAGUCCUCACAUUAUAUAAGCACUAUGUGUACUAAAUUGAAGACGUUUUGCGGACAUACCCUCCAUAUUUUGUUGGUAUUCUUGUAUUUUUGUGCAUAUGAAAUUGUAUAUCACCGGGUAAAACUGUUUUA